AUGUCGCCCCCCAAGGCUGCCGAGGUCCCCAGGCCUGGCGUGGCCGCGGGCCGCCCCAUCGACCAUCCAACCAUGAAGAAGGACGAAGCUUCCAUCGAGUCGGUCGAGCCUGCGGCACCUGUAUCAGAAGGUGAUACCGCCACGGACAUCAACAACACCGACGCUCAGCGUCAGCAAACGCGCGCUCGCGACCCUCUUGCAGACAGGAUCGACAAUUUGACUGCCCAGCUCGAGGAGGAAAAGUUCAUGUCGAGGGAGCGCAUUAAAGAUCUCGACGCCGAAGUCGUGAAACGGGAGCGCGAAAUAAACGAUCUUGAGGUGAGAGUGCGCAUUGUGUUUUGA